AUGGURUUUCUUAAACAUUUAUUCGGAAUAUUAACACUUCAAACUGGUACAAUUAUAUCGAGUUCGCUAUUUAUCACGCUGGCUAUUUGUGUUUUAUUAGUGAAUGCAUUGGCACUCGACACAGAAGCGCCACUAGCCUGGAUUGUUAUUUUCCUGUUCAUUGGUUAUAUGAUCGUGAUUUGGUUAAUAUCUUUUUAUGGUGCAUACCAAGAAUCUCAAAAUGGAAUUACCGUAGCAACUAUUUUGUGGACAAUUUAUAUAAUAAUAUGGCUAAAAUUGGUUAUAUUUUCCUAUAUAGAUGCAAAGUCUAUAUGUCUUGAAAAUAGAUGCCCUGAUGUGAUAUGGCUAUUAAGCAACCCGUGGCAUGAAAAACAGAAAGAAUGUAAUGAGGUUUUUCCAAAUUCAUCGACAAAUAAUUCACGAUCCUUAUAUGAAAAAAAUAAGAAACCUCAAAUGUAUGACGGUAGGAUAAAMAUUGAGAAAAAAAGAGAAAAAAAACAUAAUAUAACUACAGUUUCACAUAAUGUGACAAUAUCAUCUGUGGUAUUUGACAAAUACGAAAAUCGGUCUGAAAUCAAAACCAAUGAAGUAAAAUUAGUGCUUAAAAAAUGUAAUGAAACACCUUUAGUACGAUAUAACCAAGGGAGUAUGAUUGUAUCUAUAAUAGUGUUCUUACUAUAUCUACUAUUAUUACUUUUUUCUUGGCUGAUUUUAAUUAGUUAUCGAGAAGAAAUCAUACUACAGACAAAUCUUACAAACAACAAUUAG